UUUAAGACCACGGUGCCACUACUCAGCCGCCGCCGGCAACUCCCGCUGCCCACCUCCGGAGUUUCCUUUUCGUUCAACCAAGAAUGAGCUGCUCUGCGCUUUUUCCAUUCAACACUUCUCUCUCGCCCGCUGUUCACCGCUCACUCGCUCUGAAACCCUCCAAAUGCUACGCUGCGCCAACAGCAUGCGCCAACGUGGACAUGCGCGCACAGCGAAAGCCGUCGGUUCACGUGAAGACGAACGAGGAAAUAAUGGCCGACGAGAAGAAAUUUAUAGUGGGCACGUACGCGAGGGCGCCGGUGGUGCUGUGGAGUGGCAAAGGGUGUAAAUUGUACGACGUUGAAGGGCGGCAGUAUCUGGAGUGCCCUCGGCCAUGGGGACCUCGAUUGGGUGCGCGCCGUUACGCAGCACGCCGACGUGCUCACGCAUGUCAGCAAUAUUUAUUACUCUGUUCCACAGGGUGUUUUUGCUUCUUCAGCUAGAGCUUGCGAAACGGCUAGUUGCCGUAUCUUUUGCUGAUCGUGUGUUCUUUUGCAAUUCCGGGACUGAAGCUAAUGAGGCUGCAAUUAAGUUUUCAAGAAAGUUCCAGAGGUUCUCGCGUCCUGACGAUACCAACCUUCCUGUGGAGUUAAUUGCCUUCAAGAAUUGCUUUCAUGGUAGAACAAUGGGUGCUCCUGCAUUGACGAGCAAAGAGCACUAUAGAUCACCAUUUGAACCCGUUAUGCCUGGAGUAACUCUCUUAGAAUAUGGUAACGUUCAAGCAGGUGGAAAGAUUGCUGCUGUAUUUGAGGAACCAAUUCAAGGAGAAGGCAGCGUGUACAGUGCGACAAAGGAAUUUUUGCAAUCCUUGCGAACAACAUGCGAUGAUGCUGGGUGUCUUCUCGUAUUUGAUGAGGUACAAUGUGGCUUAGGUCGAACAGGUUAUCUCUGGGCCCAUGAAGCUUACGGUGUAUCCCCGGAUAUAAUGACUCUUGCUAAGCCUCUUGCUGGAGGUCUACCGAUCGGUGCUGCACUGGUGACUGAAAGGGUUGUGAAGGCUGUAAACCCUGGAGAACACGGCAGCACUUUUGCAGGUACUUUUAUUUGUAAUGCUGGAAUCACUGUGCUCGAUAAGAUAUCGAACCCGAACUUUUUGGCCAGUGUGUCCUAGAAAGGUCAGUAUUUCAAGGAGUUGCUGAUUGAAAAAUUAGGAGGAAACUCUCAUGUCAAAGAAAUACGAGGUCUUGGGCUAAUUAUCGGCAUAGAGGUUGACGUAUCUGCCUCCCCCUUGGUGGAUGCCUGCCGGAAAUCUGGCCUUCUUAUUUUGACAGCGGCCAAAGGAAACGUUGUUAGAAUCGUCCCACCUUUGAUCGUUUCAAAGGAGGAAGUCGAGUUAGCUGUUGAAAUCAUGAUAGAUUGUUUGCCUGUGCUUGAUGAGGCAAGCAGCAAAUAAAUACCAUGAUGUUAUUAGAGGAUUAAUCUUGAACGUUUGACCUCAUUAAUGUGGACUUUUAAGGUAUUGAUGUUAUGUUUAAGUAGAUUGUGUUUCAUGGAACUGAUCAAGUGUUUUUAUUUCUCAUUCCUAGUGUCUGGACAUAUGGUGCUUUGAGCUUGGUUAGAAUUUGUUUGUUCAA